AUGCUUUUCCCGUUUCUUUUUUGCUUAUUCUUUCGAUUAGGCGAUUCACUCUUCCCGACGGCCUUAUUGGAAAAUUAUGAUAAACGAGUGAUUCCUUAUUAUAUUGACAAUGAGACGGUCUUUGUCAACACAUCUCUACCAUUCAUCUUUCUCGACGCCAUGUACCCUCAAGAGCAAACGGCGACUUUCUUGUUCGAGGUUUGCAUGGAAUGGAUAGACAAACGGCUUCAAUACGAUCCUGACGCGUACAACAACGACUCGAUGCUUUUCCUGCCGAUUGGUGAAAUCUGGACUCCCCCGUACAACUUGUAUCAAACCCUUGAAAACAAAGUAUUGGCGGGUAAACGCGGGGACUAUGCGUCGAUUGAGCCGAGCGGCCGGGUGGUCAUCUUCGAGAGUCAAUUUGCGAAAGUGCGAUGUGGGAACAAUAUCAGCAUGUUUCCAUUCGAUAUCGAGGUGUGUGGACUUGAGCUGUACAGCAAUGUCAAUCAAUCGGUCAUGCGCUUUCAAGGGGUCAAACGAAACGACAGCAAUGUCUCUGGCAAUAGCGAGUUCGAAAUCAAAUGCGAGUAUGUGUUCACAAAGAAAAGCGAUAAUUCCGAUCCGAUCGAUCAACAGCCGGCAGUCUCUUUCUCGAUCGCCUUUACAAGAAGAGGCUUUUACUAUGCUUUUGUGAUCGUCUUUCCCUCGGUUCUGAUUACGAUUUUGACAAUCACCGGCAUUUUGUUCCCAUAUCCCGGGGAUCACAGCUCGGACACAAUUAGCAUCGGUCUUGCCGCCAUGCUCGCAUUGGUGAUCAUUUUGUCUGUUGUCGCCGACCAUAUCCCUCAUACACAGGAAGUCCCACUGAUUGGCGGUUUCGUGAUGUGUUGCAUAUUUUUGUGCAUCAUUGCUGUCAUCAAUGGACUCAUUUUUGAGUACCUCCUUUGUUUGGUGAAGAAAAAUGAUCAAUUGCCCGGCUGUUUGAAUCGACUCUUCCUAUACUAUCAAAAGAAAGUGUCGAAAAAAUCGACGCCAAGACGUCUCAUCAAGAUAUGCUCAUUCCUCACGUUUCUCGUGCUCCAGGCAUUAUUGAUUUGGCUUUUGUUUUUCUAUGUGAAGGUGGGAUGGGUAUCGGAAAAGGCGGCUGUCCACGAAUCGGAUAUCGUCGAUUUGGACACAAUGGAGCUCUCCUAUAAAAGUCCGCAA